UUGGGCCGGACGGGCACCAAUCAAUUUGUGCCGGCGUUUAUCUUUUUUUCGUCGAUAGAUCUUCAUACUCAUCCUUUUUAUUUUCCCCCUCUGUUUCUAUUAUCUCUCAGCCGUCAUUCACUGCCAUCAGUCCAGUUCAACCAACCCCCCUUUUUGUUAUUUCUUGCCACUCUUGCUCUCGUUCUUGCCAUUUUUUUCUUCCGCCAUCGCUUUUGAGAGGCCGUGAUGGCGACCACCGGUGAUGAUUUUUCCCGCCCUGCCAACGUCACAUUACCACCACCACCCCUCUCCAAUAACCCUCUCAUACCACUUCGCCAAAUUUCUCUCUUCCGCCACUUUUUUAUCGCCUAAACACUGCAUCAGCAGAAUCAUUACAAAAUAUUGCCAUUGCCGCUAUCAUUGUCAUUGCCAUCAUUCUCAGGCCAUCGUCAUCACAGCCGUCGUUACUGCCACCACCCGAUUUAAUUCUAAUUCCUUUUAACCCAUCGACGGAGCUCUUACAACAUAUCGGUGAUGGCCCCUCGCAUCUUUUCCACCACCCGUUUUUCUCUUCUUUUGCCUGCCUAUUCCUCUCAUUGCUUAACUGCCUUUCUCCUUUUCCAACCAGUCCCGUUCCACCGUUUGCCUACACUUGCCUAUCCCGUCAUCUCCCUUCCCUCAACCCCCAAUCGGCCCGGCGCGCCGCGAACGAACAUUCCGCCAUACUCCACUCCCAUUGCCACCACCCCCACAUUCUC